GUUAUGGGGCUCAGAGGAGGCAUAGGCUGCCUUCUUGCCUUAUUUGCGGGCCUACUAUGGCUAGAAUCUACGGUAGGUGAAGAUUAUUUUCUCCGUUAUUCCCGAGAAGUCUCAAUACGUAUUAUUGAUACGCGCCAUUGGAUUAUCUUAGACGAGGGACAGGUCGUUUUUCGGUGGUUCGAGGUGUUUUGUUCCCCUAGUUAUACAACUGUGAAUUCAACAAUCUUACGGUAGAUUAACUUACAAACUGAUAAAAUUUCGUGCUUUUUUUGCGAAUGUUAUGACUAAAGCUUGUGUGCAAAAAAUGUCGAAUGCAAUAGAGGAAGUAGAGCGGACAGAAUACCAGUUAGGUGACCGACCUUGCAUCACAAUCACUCAUUAUAAACACAAAAGUUCUUGCGUUACUCUCCUCAUUAUUUAGUUUCGCAAAGCUUUCAUCAUGAUCGAUCUUCUUGUCUCUACUGAAAAGCCGUAUAAAACUCCGCACAUGAGCUAAACAUGCUUCGGUCUCAACCAAGUCUUCCAACUCUCAUUCGUUACCGUGAUAAAAACUUUGUCCUACAACGUUAUGGCACAAGUACAUGUUUCUAAAACAUUCAAAAUGUGAAAAAACACUUUCGAUUUCAUUCCAUUUUUCAAUUUUUUUAUUAGAUCGUAUAAUUUUGGAGCUUUUUGACACUUGCUUGUCGAUGCAUAACAUUUGCCUGAUGUAAACAAUGGGCAGGUACCACCAGUAAAGCUAAUGGUUGCCCAGUAAACGUCAAAAACUUUUUUUUUUGUAUCCACAUUGCGUUUUAUUUUCUUAGAGAGACCAAAACAAGCACUUUACAUCGUUAGGAAUAUAAUUCUGCGCAGAGUAUGCUCGCGUUUAGAAUGUUUGACAGUCGUAACUACUAGAGAUCUGCAAUAAAUCGUGUUACUCUUCUUGAACAAACAUUAAGCCAGUGUUUUAUGGACUGUUUUUUUUUUUUUUGUAAGGUGAGGGUGUUUACGUUUUCAAAACAUCUUUUAUUCCUUUCUUGUGGAAAGGAGGAUAGUUUUUGACAUAUAAAUGUCUUGGAAUAAUUAUUCUUAGGAAUAACUACCCUGUGCCUCACGACAAGCAACAAAGCAUCAAAACCUAUCUGACACUUAUGAAGCAAAGAUGUUCCCUAAAAACUUUCCUUUACCACACUAAAAUGCUAAAUAAUUUAGCGUAUGACUCGGUUAACACAAAAAAUUAUAACACUAAUACUUAAGUCAACUUCCGAGUUAGCUUUCAUUUGCAGAGUUACAAAACGUAACAUACGAAAAUGGGAAAGUUAGAAAUUGAAACAUCUGUAAGAAUAUAAUUCCUUUACGGAAAUAGCGCAGGGUUGGGGAACACCAUGUUCCUCACGGCUUAUUUUAGUGUAGCAUUUUCCAUUCGCGGAGUGAAAAGUGCUAGAUCUUAAUCUUCAACCUUUUGUUUUUCCUUAUUGCUUUCACAUAUCAAGAAAAUAGCUCCUAGAAUACAAGUCUUUUAUCCCAGUGCCGUUUCACUUAGAAAUGUGUCGAAAAUGUGAUGAAAACCUGGUGCUGACGGCCUUAUUCUGAAGUAUAAAAAAUUCUGGAUGAAACAUUUACCUUUUAAAUUCAGUCCAUGUGGAACGAUUCAUAAAUUAAACUACAUUUCGUAUAUUCACUAUAAGAGAAGGUGAGAUGGAUUUUUUUGUAAUGCGUGAAAAUGUCAGAGGACUGUAAAUACAGCUAAGGCAAGAAGAUCAAAGACUACUGUGGAGUGACCAUCGUCACUAUACUUAAAAUUCUCAGGAAUUAACUAUUUUCAAAUUGUGAACAAAACGUCUCAAAGCAGUGAUGUGAUUUCUUGUUAGGGAUUAUAGCAGGUUGUUGCUAUCUUUUUUUAACUCAGGGAUUACAAAUCAAUUAUAGCAAAACAUUCGGUGAAAUUAAACAAGUCAGCUAAAAAAAAUUUUAAGUAUGAUUUGACGCAAUGCUAUCUUUUCAACCUCUCUUUUGUUACAACGUUGAACAGAGGGGGAAAGUAAGCCAGUAAUUCAGCUCUCGAACAAAAAUGUCUCCUAGACUUGUCAAAAUUUUUUUCGAAAAAAAAAAUGUUCCAGAACAAGUCACGUGUGAGUACCGGAAUAUAAGCGAUCGCUCUUGAGGUGUAUCGGAGGAAGAAUAAGUUAGCUGCCGCUGAACUGCGGCGAGAAGAGUGUUGACUUUCUUCUUUGCUGAGAAAAACUCUAACAUUUAGAUGAAUAACAUAAUCGAAUGUUGGUCACAAACGAAGCAUCUAUUUUAUGUUAAUACCUCGAGGUCCGGCUUUCUCCCAUAAGUCAGUGGCUUGAAAAAUCAGUAAAGUUUUCUCGUACAUUCACCUCAUUGAACUUCGUAGGUUUUUUCUUAGGUUAAAUGAUCAAUCGGAUAUUCAACUGUUUGACGUGUAAUUCGGAGUCUACGAUCACUUGACUAAUUCUACUAUGCGAUCUAGAUAGCUGCCAUUUCUAUAAGUAUCAAGCACUAAUUAACUUCUACGUUUACUUCUCACAGUACUCACAGCAAAUCCUACCCGAUUGGCCGAAGAUCGGCGACCGUAUAACGCAACCGUUCCUUGACCAGCUCAUGGUCAGUCAGUUGCUCGAACAAAACCUUACCCUCGGCUUCUUCUUGAAAGGCCUCAACGGUCCACCAGGACCCCCGGGGCCUCCAGGCCCUCCCGGAGAUCCUGGACCUCCGGGAUUAGCCGGUCCUGCCGGAACACCCGGUCAUGUGGGUGAAGAUGGUGCCCCUGGAGCAACAGGUACAUCCGGGCCACCAGGACCACCUGGACCUCCCGGAAUACCUGGAGAAAAGGGAGACCCCGGAGAGCAGGGAGCCCCUGGUGCUGCUGGUCUUCCCGGUGCCCCCGGUCUACCUGGAGCGCAAGGACCUAUGGGUCCUGCUGGUCCUGAACCAAUCAUGCCGGUAAGCUGAAAUGAUCACAAAUCACCUACGAAAUGCAUUCGGCUUUCCCUACAGUUUCCAACCAAUCACCGUGGCAGUGGCCAUUUGGCAAAUCUACGUUCAAUACUUUAAAAGAAUUUGAUCCACCUUUGAAGUGCUUAGAAUGUUUAGCAUCUCUGUCCAACUACCCUUUAACACCAAUUCUUAGCCAACUCAAAGGUUCUAAAUUAAACUGUUCAUCUUGUCUCAUAGAACUUCACUGUAAUCUGCGAAGGCGAGAAGGGCUGGGUACAAUGCAAACAAUACGAACUCAUCAAGAUCACCAAGGCAUUCUGGGGUCGUGACGACCACGUGACGUGUCCCAAGAUUCCAGCAGGGCUCACAUCCGACAGACUGUGCGAAACAACGUCAGAAAACACUUUGAAAAAAGUAAAUGGACAGUGUAAAAACGAACAAGCCUGUGAAGUGGUGGCUUCAAACAUUUUCUUCGACGACGACACUUGCGGUAACGUGUACAAGUAUUUAAAAAUCUGGUACGAGUGCAUUCCGGAUGAAGCAAACGCCGUGGACGUAUUGAAAGAUGGAGGCAAGCGACGACGUCGACGAAAGAAGAAGAGGGCAACAAAAGACAAACGGUCCUCAAAGGAAUAAGCACAGACUGUAGAAUAACAAAAUUAACUUAAAACUUCUACGUUACUACGUUACUUCAACAGCAACUCGAUUUUCCUGAGGCACUUUAGCUUCGGUGUUCAUCACUUUGCAAAACAUUCUCGUUAACAAAAAAAAAGCAUGCUUACUUGUUAAGCAAAUUUUCGCAUUCAGCAGCAAAACCCACAUGAGUGAGCGGCGUCCGAGCACUUUGUGUCAAUAUGUAUGUAUAUUGAAGUUUAACUUUAUUUGAUAAAGAAUGUACCAAUUGAGACCCAAGUCAUUUAGGUGACUGCAUUAGUUUGAUUCAGGAGGGAAAAACCAGAUGUACUGGUUUCAGGGGUGGGGACGCGCGGAAUAGCCGCACCCCUCCCUUCUUAAGUUGUGUUGAUUCGUUUUCUGAACACUCUGUACAAUAUUUUCGGGAAGAAUGUUAAAUUAAAAGAAGCAGGAGACCUGUACAAUAGGCUUGCCAUUCGUUUCGUUAUCGGUAAGUUUGAGCUAAAAUAAAAAGUAUUAACAACGUACCAGACGAAGUUUGGACUAAACAUGCGACUCAGUUUGACAAGUCGCCACGCAUUUGUGUAUUCAAACAUAUUUGUUUUGGUAUGUCAUUUGUGAACGACCUCCAGCAAUGGGCUUGCUUGGAACAUAACUAUGGUCAAGGUUAAACAAAAUGGAAAUAAAUUAGAGGUUUUCUUC